GGGCAUGAGGGCAUCCCGGGACUCGACCUCUCCCGCUUACGCUCUUGCGUCUGAGGUGCUGGGGGAAUGGGGUUGGGGAGCGGCAGGUCUGAUGGCGUCCAGCCCGGGGUUCUGAAUGCCGGCCGCAGGUGAUCAGAGGCGCCCACUUCUGGCGCCAGCCUUGAGCUUGUCGCUUCGCUGCGCCUGGCCUGCGUUCCCUCGGGCAUAAAGCUGGAAUAGACACAGUUCUCUCUCAGUUCAGGGAACCCGAGAGGGUAUGCAUGUGACCGUCAGUGCUCAGCACGACCCAGAGCAUCACUCUGGAUGCGGUUCUGGAGAGGGCCUCCCCUGCUCCUGCUCCUACCUUAGGCUCACUCCAGGGGGAGUCUGGCCCCCAGGCCUCGCCCAGCUGGAAGCUGGGGGCUGGUGAGAGCCUCGAGAGCAGAGGUGAGGUGGGAGCACGGCUUUUGGAAUUGCUGCUCCUCCAAUAGGAGUAGAAGGGCCCUGACCAGGCUGGAAGACACGGUGGUCACUGGCUGUAAGUUUGCAGGUGCCAUCUGUGCGUUACAGCUGAAGCUGGCUUGCCGCUUAUGGCAGCGAAUCCAUUUUCCUGUUUAACACGCUUCCUUAUACUUGCAAAGGGAAUCCAUUACAACAUUCAUUGAUGACGGUGUACAGGCGGGUUACGUCCUUGGGACGUGAACACACAACAGACCGCAUUGGUAUCAUUUGAAGAUGUGGCCGUGACCUUCACUGUGGAGGAAUGGAGACAUCUGGACCUGGCCCAGAGGACCUUAUACCAGGAGGUGAUGCUGGAGACUUGUGGGCUCCUGGUCUCUCUGGGGAUUGGUGUAUAAGAAACAGAGCUGUCAACGCUUUUACCAAGCCUGCAGCACGAGCUGGCCUCAGUCUGAUGUCCUUAUUCCAGAUCCCAUUAAGACUGAUUGGUUCAGGGCAUCCUGUUCCCAAACCAGAGCUGAUCUCCCUUCUGGAGCAUGGGCAAGAACUGUGGUCAGGGAAGAAAGUCCGCUUCAAAAGCACCUAUACAGGUGAAAGAAGAAAACACGAGACCACAGAGCUUACUGCUGCUUCCCACCUGGCCUUCACCGAGGAAGCUCCUUUCAAGGAACAAGUGACACAGGCAGCCCCAAGAGAUUCCAGAUUGGGGCAAGCAAGAGAUCAGGAAAAGCUGUCAGAAAUGCAGGAAGGGAACUUAAGGCCAGGAACAGACCCUGACGAGGAGACAUGCCCUAGGAAGUUGAACCGUAAACAUGAUUUGGAAACAGAUGAUAGUCUGUGUUUAAGGGUUUUACAGGAGCGAGUCACUACACGAGAUGCUCUGCAUGAACAUGAUUCCCAGGGACCAAGAAAAGACCCUGUGAUUGAUGCAAGGAAUAACCUCUACAAAUGCAAGGAGUGUGGAAAAGGGUUUAGCAAGAAUUGGGCCCUUGUUCGGCAUCAACAGAUUCAUGCUGGAGUGAAGCCCUAUGAAUGCAGUGAAUGUGGGAAAGCCUGUCGUUAUAUGGCAGACUUCAUUCGACAUAUGAGGUUUCAUACUGGGGAAAAACCAUACAAGUGUAUCGAGUGUGGAAAAGCCUUCAAACGUAGGUCUCACCUCACAGAGCACCAGCGUAUUCACACUGGAGAUAAACCCUAUGAGUGCAAAGAAUGUGGUAAGGCUUUCACCCACCGCUCCUCUUUUAUCCAGCAUAAUAUGACCCACACUAGAGAAAAGCCCUUUUUGUGCAAAGAAUGUGGGAAAGCUUUUUACUACAGCUCUUCCUUCGCCCAACACAUGAGGAUUCACACUGGAAAGAAACUCUACGAGUGCAGUGAAUGUGGAAAGGCCUUUACUCACCGCUCCACUUUUAUCCAGCAUAAUAUGACCCACACGGGAGAAAAGCCCUUUUUGUGCAAAGAAUGCGGAAAAGCUUUUUGCCUCAACUCAUCCUUCACUCAACACAUGAGGAUUCACACUGGAGAGAAACCCUAUGACUGCAACGAGUGUGGCAAGGCCUUUACUCACCGCUCCACUUUUAUCCGGCAUAAGAGGACCCAUACUGGAGAGAAGCCCUUUGAGUGCAAAGAAUGUGGGAAAGCCUUUUGUGACAGCUCUUCCUUAAUUCAACACAUGAGGAUUCACACUGGUGAGAGGCCCUAUGAGUGCAGUGAAUGUGGAAAGGCCUUUACACACCACUCUGUUUUUAUCCGACAUAACAGGACCCAUAGUGGAGAAAAACCCUUGGAGUGUAAAGAAUGUGCAAAAGCCUUUUACUAUAGCUCUUCCUUUACUCGACACAUGAGGAUUCACACUGGAGAAAAACCCUAUGUAUGCAGAGAAUGUGGAAAGGCCUUUACCCAACCUGCAAAUUUUGUUCGGCAUAAUAGGAUCCACACUGGAGAAAAACCCUAUGAGUGCAAAGAAUGUGAGAAGGCUUUUUGUGACAACUUUGCCUUAACUCAACACAUGAGAACUCAUACUGGAGAGAAACCCUUUGAAUGCAGUGAAUGUGGAAAGGCCUUCAGCCACAGUUCAUCUUUCACUCACCAUCGAAAGAUUCAUACCAGAGUUUAAAAGAUGUAGGAAGAGCUUUUGCAAGUGUGUUCACUUCAAUUUUAGUGCACUCAUACUGGUGAAAUACCUUUCCUUUUGAAUAUAGCUAUUCAGGAAAAUCUUUUGGCCAGAGAAAUAUCUUACUCAGUAUCUGAUAAUUCAUACUGAAGAGAACCAUCAUAAUUGCUAUCCAUGUGAAAGCUUUCUGAGGAAGGUCAUCUGAAGGGUCAUUAGAAAUUGACCUGCCUAAAGCCUUAUGCUAUAUCUGAAAAUUAUCCACAAGAGAGACCCAGGGGUUAUCAUGCAUUUAGGAAGAAUUUCAGCAACAGUUCUGCCCAUGUUUAUACUACAAAUUCAUCUCGAGUAUUUUAAAAGAACAAGGAGAGGUAGAAGA